AAUUUGUUAAACCGUCAAAAAACGAAACUAGCAAGGACAUCUACUCACACUCUCUCAUAAACACCAAUAUGCUGCUGAACCGACACUAUGGCUUUAAAGCGCGCAAUGUAAUGGCGCACGUGGGAUUCUUGCUUGAUCAGAAUAUAAUAAAUGAAAUGCAGAAAAAAUUUGCUAAGGAGAUAGACGUUACUAUUACUAAUCGUUUUCGAUCAAUGGAAGACUUACAGUUUGCUUUCGCUUAUUACUCAUUUCUGAUGAGUGAAACCAUAACGUUUACCGUGGGACAAAUAUUUGACGAAUUUGACACUGACGGCUCGCAUACAUGGUCUGAUCGGGAAGUACGAACAUUUUUGGCACGCAUGUAUCCUCUACCAUUGGAUUGGUCAGCGGUUCGCUUCUUCGAAGAAGUAGUUGGCAACUGUUCGCGUGACUUGGAUGUUUCACACAAAAGUACUGAAGAGUAUACAACUCUCGUUUAUGAACGUUACGAAGAUUCCAAUGUGCCGACCAUAUCUCGUGAGUUGGUCGAACACUGUCAUUUGUUAGCCGAGGCGCUGGAAUCAAAUUUUGCUAGACGCCCUAAAUACAAAUAUAACAUAAAUCCAAAACGUGCAAUCCAUAAUAAUUUUAUGAUGCUAACUUCCAAUAUCUCAGAAGUUGUUGAUGGAUUCGAUAAAAUUCGGCGCAAUCCAAGAAAAUUUAACUGCAUUAAUGACAAUUUAGAGCCUAAGCACGCUGAAGAUAAUGAAUUAAUACGGCAUUUAUUGGAGGACUUCUACCUUUCCCUGUUUCCUCGAAGAAGUAACUUUGAAUUACAAUAUGAAUAUCGAAAUCGUUACACUACGUGGCACGAUUACCAACGCUGGCGGAGACGUAAACGUGCUGCCCUAGUUGUCGGAUAUUUAGCGAGCGGUGUUCUUAUUAUAUUUAUUAUUCGAUUUGUUUGCAUACACAAGGCAAAAAUUGUACGUCGCUAUGUGCAAAACCUGUAAUGUGAUAUUUUUUAAAUAAGAGGAAAAUGUACUUAAUGGCAUUUUGUAAUAACUUACUUAUUACAAUCACUGAGAUCUGGAAUGCGCAUACAUACCUAGUGUAUGAUAAACACAAAAGUCAAACUAUAUAUAAACUAAAUAUAUUUAUAAUAUGUACAUAUGUACAUAUCUAGGUAUUAAUGAAUCUUGAAUCAAACUUGAAACAAAGCAAUGAUAUUAGAUGAGAGACUUGAAAUACAUUACUGAAGCUUUUAUCUUACAUCUUAUUUUCUAGCUUCGGCUAA